UAGGAAAUAUAGACAUUAUUAGUAUGAUAUUAUCAGUUGUUUAUAACAAACUAGUUCAAUUGUUUUCGCAACCAUUUGAACGUGAUAUAUGCAAUAAUUGGGUAUAGAUUAAGCAUUUAAAUGUCCGGCUUGGUUUUAGUGCAAAUGAACAAUAAUAACUAGUAAAUACAGUAUAAAUAAGGCCAAAUUGAUCUCAAUAAUAUAAUAAUUAAAUAAACCCCAAUGAAAGUUGUGUUAUUAUUACUGGUGUCGGCUCUAUAUAUGUGCGGCACUGCCGGUGCCGACGACUGGAAGCUCGUGUGGGCCGACGAGUUCAAUGGGAGCGGCGUUUUGAACGAUUGCGACUGGAAGUACGAAAUGGGAGGCGAUGGUUGGGGUAAUAAUGAGCUCGAGUUUUACACAUCGCACCGACCGGAGAACGCCCGACAAGAGAAUGGACUUCUGGUGAUGAAAGUGAAUGUAGAGCCCUAUGGGGGCCGUCAGUUCACUUCUGCCCGUGUUAUCACAGCCAAGGCCUGGACGUACGGCAAGUUCGAGGCGCGCGCCCGACUCCCUAAAGGCAAACAGUUGUGGCCCGCCAUAUGGAUGAUGCCUCAGAACAGUUACUAUGGGGUUUGGUAU